AUGUCUAAAGUUUGGAAACUGCUUAAAAGUAGAGAUAUUGCUCCAACAGAACAAUGGUAUGUAAAAUUCAUUAUGCAUCACGGAUUAAAUAUGUUUACAACUGAAGGAAGUCUACUGGAUCUUGCUCGAGAGCCUAUUCUUCAGUGGGAAUUUGGUGAUGAAGUGGAUUUGUCAAAUGUGAUACCAAAUGUAAUAAAUAUCACAGUUUCAAAAAGCCCUUGUGCAAGUGAUGUUGCUAUAAUGGGUCUGAUACUUGAUAAAGGAUUUGCUGGAAUAUAUAUAGCAGUUUCUUGGUCUGCAUUUAUGACUGACACUGCAUCCUGGACAAAUUUGAAAGAUAACAUUUGUGUCACCCUUGAAUAUGACUGUGCUGAUCUUGCACUUUUGAAUGUCAUUUUAACCAACACUCGUAUAGUCUUCCUUACUACACUGGGACUAUUUAUCAGUGAAGAUUUGCGGUAUGGAAACUUUCGUGAUUUAAAAUUCAGCAAACCAAACUUCUGUGGAUUUGAAAGGGAUGAUUAUUACAGAGCAAAAAUUUGGUACAAUGUCCAAUGUCUGGCUAACCAAGAAGACUAUGAAGUGGAUUAUAUUUCUGUCUCGUUCAACAAAGAUAAAACAUUAAGCCAGGAAUCUACCUGUUUCUAUAGCAAUGAUCCAUAUACGAAAUGGCACAGUUGCUUGCCCCACAGAACACCAGCUGAAAGGCUGAUUUCUAGACGGGUAGUUGCUUUCAUGGUUGAUUAUCAACAGAAUACUGGCAUUGGCGUUUUAACUCAGCAGGAUGGAAUAUUCGUAUCAGUGAAUACAUUAACAAACCAUGAACUACAUAAGAAAAGAAAAUUUCCAGAGUUUUGGUUUCCAGAUGCUGAGUUCAGGGCAUCUGGCAUGCUUUUCCACCCAAACAGUCAUUUUCUGUAUGUUUAUGGAAAUCAGGUGUGGCUUUCUGAGGAUGGAGGCAACACAUUCCAACUUUUAAUUAAACUAAUUAAUGAGACUGUUGUAAAAACAGAUACGUGUGUUUACACCCAAGCAAUUAUAUUUGUGACUGACAAUGGAAGUGUUUUCUACACCAAGGCUGGUUUAUAUAAAUACGCCAGGCUUACAAUUGUCCAGCACGAUGUCUUUAAUCUGAACUUUGACCACUUGGGAGUCUUAAAUUUCAUUAUCCUGGAUGAAAACAGUACAGACUCCCUAAAAGUUGAUACCAUUGAGGUGGACGCAUUACUGAAGGUUGAAUAUACAGUUUUAAUUAUUGCUUUGAGCGUGCACGGUCUCUACUCCAACUCGGGUCUUUUCGGGACAUUGGGGUUUCUCCCCUGUACCGGGAGUCUUCCACUCAAGUGUCCACUCAGCAUCUCCGCUCUCGUUCUCCAGUUCAUUGCCACAAUUUCCGCUCCCUCUCUCCAUCUCAUUGUGACUACCGUGACUACUAUCGCACUGGUCAGUACAAAUACUCCUCAGUCUCUAGAUCUCCAUCUCCUUGACACCAUACAGUCUAUUGUCACUACUCACGCUCACCUUCAGAUGAGGGAUUCAAGCAUUCUUGGUACCAUGAACUUAAUGUCACUUCUCAUAGAGACUUUGAAGCUGCACUUCCUCGACUUGGGAACCUCGAACCCUCACCAUCUCAAACCCAAAACACUGCCUACCUUUCAUCUCGAUACCGUGAACCUUCUCGAACCCAAGACAUCGAAUACCUUUCAUCUUGAUACCGUGAACCUUCUCAGUGCCGUGAGUCUCAUAUGCCACCUCGAAUCCAUGAUGCUCCAAUUUGCUCUACUAUGCCUGCGGUACCUGCCACGACUUCGAGCAUUCUGCCAUCACAACCUAAGCCUCUUCAAACCUCUAAUACUAUUCCUCCUCCAGUGGACUCUGAGUCUGCACCAACUAAACCCAAAACACCUCCUCAGGAACCAGACGACUCUGAAUCCAAGAAGAACAGUUCAUGCACUUUCGAUUCUGAACAUCCACCGGGCUCCCCUGGCUCUGACACUACUCGACCAAACCGUCUUUUCCCGUCUGAUGGACCUCAACCUCACUACCACUAUGGCUGAGGCCCUGAAUGUGACUAUCCCAUCGGACUCACCCAAGAUUUUAGCUGUAGUGCAUGAUCUAGUUCAGGCUGAUUUUCCUACUGGAUCACUCUUACCUAUGCUACCAGUGCAUUUGGAAGGGCUUUGUGAGGCUUGGGGCAAACCUGCCUCUGCACCACUUACUUUGAAGCGUUUUGAUUCCUUAUAUAGAAUCCAUGCUCCGGAAUCAAAAUUUUUGGCCUCACAUCCAGCUCCAAAUUCCAUUAUUGUCCAUUCCGCAUCUAAAGCGAAACCUUCAAGACAUCCUACACCUCCAGAUCGCGAGGACCGUAAGUUGGACACUCUAGCCCACAAAAUUUACAAUCUUGCCUCUACCAUCUCAAAGGUCAAUAAUUACUUGGCUUACUUCUCCGCCUACGCCUUCAAUCUUGUUAACCAAUUCACACCACUCAUUCCUUCUCUCCUGGAGACUUCUCAGAGGGUGGCUUCCAACUUAGUUUCUGAACUCUCCAGAGUAUCUAAGCAGCGAAUAGAUACCAUCACGCAUGCUGUUUCCAACUUAGUUUCUGAACUCUCCAGAGCAGAUGAUUUAGCUUUUGAUGGCCCUUUAGCUCCACACUACAUCACUGAAGAGAAAAUACUGCUUUUCAGCUAUGUCCCAUUGGUUCGAGGCUCUCACAAUUUAGAGCCAAGAUUCCAUGAUCGAUACAUAGGAAAAGCAUUUGAAUAUAAGAAGACAGGUUCCCUGCCCCCGGCAGAGAUGGCGCUGCUGCUCCUCUCGAGUGGGCCUGGCAGCGGCGGCACCCACAGGGGGGCAGACAGGAGGAAAAGUGGGAAAGGAAGGAAGGAGACCCUCUCGCUUGCCCGCCAGCUCUUUUUCCUCUCAAGUCUGGGGGUGGGGAGGACCCGGCUGGGUACUCACAUAUUUAAAGCAUCUGACGUUGAGAAAACCAUCAUGUUUCCAGGAUCCAGCAGUUUCCUCAUAAUUCGUGUUACAAGUGACCUCACUGCUUUAGGAGAGGCCACUGUGCCUCGGCUAGUGAUUUUAAAUCAUCCUUUCCCAAGUGGACAGUGGUUCAUGUAUGACUUUGGCACUACAAAUGGAAAAAAAUGGAAGGUUACUGUUGACAUAUGCAGAUACACAGUACAGCAGCUUGAUGAUCUACCAAUCUAUGCCGUUAGAUACCUGGAUCUUGGGUCAACACUAAAUUUUGCAUUCAGAGUGACACCAGUUAACGUAGCUUAUCGUGUGUUUCAUAUGCACUUAAUGAAGGUAAUAGUGGGAAAGCCCAAUCUACUGGAUGUGAACACAGAAGCCUACUGGGAUGACAACGAUAGUUACACCGUGAAAAUACGUGUUAAAAGCAAAUUUUUUGAGCAGGGUAAAACUUCCAUUGCUGCGAUUGUUACAGAAGGAUCCCUUCGUUGUGAUGUCACAACUCUUAUAUUAACACUGAAGAACUCCUGCUCAUAUCUCAAAGUAAUGCACUACAAGUUACCUGUUCAACUCUCUGCUUCAGAAUGGCUAUUGGAAAUGGCCAAUGCCUCAAAAUAUUUAAAGAAUUUACCGGUGAACUACAGGCCACCAUCUAGAUUGGGAAUUGCUGUUCCUCUCACAGAAAACUUUUACAAUGCUGACCCUGGAAAGCCUAGAAUGAGAGAUUAUUUUCAGGGAUCAAAAGCUUCUGGAACUUACAAGCAAUGUGCUAAUAAGUCAAGUCGGUCUGAAUGUGGUUGCACAGAUAACAUGAAGCUGUCGUUUUUUGUAGCCUUUUCAGACUGCAAGGAAAAGGCAAUCCGGAUGAAAUAUCCAAUCUCAAACCUUCCCCUCAGUUUUACUAUUGAAAAUGAAGAGGGAUCUGUAAAUCUGUCGUCUCCUUAUUAUGUCACAAUCACAGAAAUCAACAACAGAACGAACUGGGAGAUUUCAGGAACCAAUGCAACAUCAAGCAUGUUGAAAAUGAGAAAUUACUUUGGAAAUAGACUCAAGGAAACACUGUAUAAUCCAGAUGGUCUCACUCUAAGCAUAUAUGGAUCUGAGCUUUUCCAUUUCAGGGUAUCAGCUAUUCCUGGAGUCUCCUUUUGUAGCUUAUUUGAUGAAUUUCAGAUUUAUGUCGAUGAUGCUCCAUUGGCUUUCCCAGGAGAUUAUCUCAUCACUUCACUUACAGCUGUAGUAAUAGGAUUUAUUAUCUUUGUGGCAUUUAUUCUGCAAGCAUAUGACAUUCAGGUAUGGAGCAUUUUGAAGCAGAAACUGAAACAAACAAGCAAAGUGAGUCCAAAAGUUUCCCUAACGACUACCGUUUCAACUUCAACUGAAUUUAGUGAUCAAUGA